GCCCACACAAAAAAGUGCGAACCACAAACUACCAUGGCGGUGCACGGUGAGCCACCACAAAUUCGAUUCUUGGCAGCGUCGCUGUGCUCCCCGCUCCGCUCCUCACCGCCGCCGCGCAACCAGACCAUGCAUCCGGCAGCACUUGCGCCGGCUGCGGCCGUUCUCUCCCCCGCCUCCGUGCGACCCCGCCGCGGCGCGGCCCCGGUCAUCUUCUCCUCCGCCUCCGGGCGGUCCCGCCGCGGCGCGCGCGGCGCCGUCCGGUGCGAGGUCGCCUCCUCCUCAGCGCCGUCGGCGGCUGGCCCCCAGGCCGCCAAAUGGGCCCAGAGGACCGUCGUCCUCCCGCCGCAGCGCCGCGGCUGCCACCUCAUCACCCCCAAGAUUGUAAACGAGAUAAGAGAUGACCUGGCCGAGUUCAAGUGUGGCAUGGCGCACCUAUUCUUGCAGCACACGAGCGCUUCUCUUACUAUCAAUGAAAAUUAUGACUCUGAUGUCCAGGCAGACACUGAAACAUUUCUUAGUCGCAUUGUUCCAGAGGGUCCAUCUGCUCCAUGGAGGCACACCAUGGAAGGACCUGAUGACAUGCCAGCACAUAUUAAGUCAUCAAUGUUUGGUUGUUCCCUAACGAUUCCAAUCACCAAUGGGCAUCUCAACAUGGGAACUUGGCAGGGUAUAUGGCUCUGUGAACAUCGAGAUUAUGCUACUUCUCGCCAGAUUGUGAUCACACUCAAUGGGAUCUAAGGGGAUCAAUAUCAAGUGCUGGAAAUGCAAUGUGGUGAUUUCAACGUGUCUAAAUCAUAUCAUAUGUACCGAAAUUGAGAUUUUUGUCCCAAUUGUGAUACGGGGUCCAUUAGAUAAUCUUAUUUCUAAUAUCAUGUCAGUACAAGGGGAAUAAAAUCUCUUCGCAUGCUUCUUCUCAAGUUCGGCUUGUUUAAUUAUCUUAGGCAUCUAUAGACUUCUCCUGAUAUGCUUUGGUGGUUUAAUGAAAUGUUCUAAAAGUCACUAUUAGUUUCA